AUGUUUGCGGUGGGCGUGGCGGCGCUGGUUGGAACGGCAGCCUAUGCCUACAGCUACAACUUGGGUCGCUUCAAGUUCAAUGCCUUGCAGCGACAGGAAUGCCUCCACCACUACCAGGACAUGCGCAUUGAACUGUGGAACCUUUUUCGUGAAGACGUCCGCGAUGUCUUCGAGUGCACCCGGGCCAACAUGGACAACUAUAUGGUGGUGGGCACCCUGAUUAUUGCUUCAGUGCCCCGUCAGAUGCGCGUUGAUGCGAAUGGUUAUGAGCCCAAGGAGGCCACUGAAGAUCUCCUUUGGUUAGAAGUUUCAAAGAGGAUUCAAAGGUUUCGUAAGGAGGCUGUAGAGAGAGGUGAAAAGGCACUAGAGGAUGGACCCGAAAAAGGGACUAGUGAAGAAGCUGAGGCUAUGAUGUCCCCACCCAUUGAGGAUAAGAGGGAUAACCCUAAGGGUACCCCAGCCAGAAGUCCAGACGAGGGUUCAGCCAGCAAGCCACUGCAGCCGCCCACUGAUCCGCCACCUCAACCACCUGAGCUGGGUAACGGUGACACCUCCUACGGCAUGCGCGACCAGAAGAUGAAUGAAAAUGUGGAAUCAGGGUCUUUGACUGCGGAACGACCUCUGAGGAGCGAGAUGGCAACUCCUGGAGGACCGAUGUCAGAGGCUGCAACUCCAGGAGGGUUUUUGGGUCCACAAGUUCCGUUGUUUUCAGAAGAGCAGUUGCGGAAUUUUGCAUUCAUUCAUAGCCAAGCACCAUGGCUGUACGGAAACCCACAGUCCAUUUUCACUGGUUCUGUUCCGCGUCCUACGUUUUUGGAUGUUGACGCCCCAAGAGUUGCGCAGAGUCAGAUGGAAAGAGAUGUGGAAUUUUUGAAGUCUCAGAUGGCUAGGGACAGAGAUGAAAAGGAGGAAUUCAGAAAACAGAUCCAGUCGUUGACAGCAGAGAAUCAACGGUUGAGGUCCAAGGUGAAUGGUGAUGAGAAAGUUUCCAAAGAAGAAGAACUUAGGUUUUCUACUCCUGAGGAACAGACUUCGAAGCCGAACUCAGGUCAUCCGGAGGACGAUCAAGACUGGCUGAGGCGACGAAGCACUGAGAAGACCGAAAGUUCCAAGGAGGCUGGCAGACCACCAUUCCUCCCUGAGGCUGCAGAGUUCAAGGAGGCUGCAGGCUUUAAGACCCCCAAGGAGGCUGAAAGACCCCCAAAAGGGAGAACUGAGGAUUCAGAAGGAGGUGCGCAGAAGCCGAGCUCUGGUCGAAGUGUGCCCCAGUCCGGUGAAGCCACGUUCACCGAAAAAUCCAUUGAGUUCAUGAUGAUCAUGAUGGAAACCAUGAAGGACUUGCAGAAGAAGGUCAGUGAGUCGAAGGAGGAAUCAGGGAUGGUUAGGGGCGUCGAGAUUGUGAGAACCGGCGUUCCUGAUCUGCCAACUCUACAACCCUGGACUCCGAGUCAAGGACCUUUACAACUUGGAGAUUGGCUGCUGACAGUGGAGCCAAUUGCAGCUGAUUUGUCAGCCACAUCGGAGAAGUGGUGGGCAUUGAUGGUGAAGUCGGCGGAGGACUGGUAUCAAAGACAUAUGGCCAUGUCUCCAUUGGACAGAGUUCAACACGAUGUCAGACCACCGCAAGAGGUGAACUUGGAGAAAUGGUCGAGAUUGGAGCGACGGAUGGCAUCACUUCUUCUUCAAGCAGUUCCCGAAGUGGUGAAGGAGGAGCUGAUUUCGGCCAGAAGAUUGAGCGUUUUUGGGAUUCUGACGCAGCUGUUGCUGACCUACUGCCCGGGCGGUGUGCUGGAGAAGCAAACAUUGCUCCGCAGUUUGGAGGAUCCUAUGGAAGUUGCAACGAUGGCCGAAGCUCCUUCAGCGAUCAGAAGAUGGCUUCGCUGGAAGUUGCGGUCUCAGGAGAUAGGUGCUGUGACUCCGGACCCUGCACUCCUUUUCAAGGGUCUGAACAAACUUACCCGCAAGGUUGAGCAGGUUUCCUUAGCAGAAAAAAGAGCUGCUUCCGUGGGGACGAAGGGCGAUGUGAAGCUCAAGGCCAUGGAGGUGGACAAAGGGAAAGGCAAAGGUAAAGACAGGCUGGAGGGUGACGAGAAGCAGAAGCCCAAAUGCAAGUUUUACCUCACUGAUGGAGGAUGUCGGAAAGGAAAAGAAUGUGGAUUUAGCCAUGAUGUGAGAGAUGAGAAGAGAGGUUGCUACACAUGCGGCAGCGUGGAUCACUUGUCUCCUUCCUGCACCAGAUCGAGGGGCCCAUCAUCUGAGACGAGCCCUACCAAACCCAGAGUGGCAAAGGUCGAGGGGGAGGACAAGGGAUCGUCAGGAAAGGAUCCUGAAGUUAGCAGCCAAGCUAGCUCAGACAGUGCAGUGAAAGAUCUUUUGGAGGAGGCGAACAAGAUGCUGAGGUGUUUGUCGUCAAAACCAUCUUCAAGCCAAGCGUCUUCUGGGGGAAGCACUCAGGAGGAUGAACGCAAAGAUGUGAUGGAAAGGCUUCAGCAACAGUUGAAGGCCAUGAAAGCUUUCAAGAUGAGGAGAUUGGCCACAGGAGCUGAUGUGGGAUUGGUUGAUUCAGGGGCGACUCAUGCACUUCGCCCUCGCAGAGAUGGUGAGAAUGUCCAGAAGUAUCCACUGGUUGAUGUUGGCCUAGCGGAUGGAAGAGCUGUGAGGCUACGCAUGGCGCCUGGAGGGUCAAUGAUUGCCCCUUCGCCGGCAAUUGAGCCGAUUGUGCCGAUGGGACAGCUGACGGAGGUGCUGGGGUGCCAGAUUGUUUGGAGUCAUGGAGAAAUGCAGUUGAGGCAUCCAGAAAAAGGGGACAUUCCAAUUCAGAUGAAGGAGGGAUGCCCACAUCUUGCAAAGUCUAUAGCAUUGGAUUUGAUUGCGGAGAUUGAAGAUGCGAAGGUUGGUAUACCAAAGACCCUUGGUGAAUACGAUGAGGAGGUGUGCUGGAUGAAAAGAUUGGUGGAACAACACCCAGUGCUGUCGUCUCUCCCAGAGUACAUCAAGGAGAAACUUGUGGUCUGUCCAGGAGAGUGGUCUGCCCUUCCUGGAAAUCGUCAUCAGCGGAAAAGGUGGCGACGGGAUGGGAUGAUGGUUCAUUUGUUUGCUGGACCUGAUUCUGGUUUUACUUUGAAGAAGGCACUACGUCAGCUGGGUGGACCUGAUGACAAGCUGCUGGAGGUGGAUUUGAAGAGAGGUUCACACCACGAUGUUAUGACAGAUGAGGGUGUCUAUGCUGGCCUGAUUCGAGCCGCGAUUGAGUCCAAGGUUUUGGCCGUGGUGGCUGGUCCAAAUUGCAGGACACGCAGCCUACUUCGUCAUGUUCCAAUUCCGGGGCAGCCCAACGCACCUCGCCCAAUCAGGAGAUGGGGUGGAGAAGAGUUUGGGGUGAAAGAGGCCACGGAGGAGGAGAUUCAGAAGUUGCAUGAGGAUGAUAUCAUGAUGUGGCGAUGCAUUUUUCUUUUCAUGCUGUCAACUUACAUGAGAAGGGCGAGAAAGUUGGAUGAUUGGGUGGCGUUUGGACUUGAACAACCAGCGUCGCCAAGGGACUAUAUGCCAGAGGUUGUCAGUUUCUGGGACACCCAGGAGUGGAAGGCGAUUGCGAGCGAGUUUGCCUUGGAAGAGAUCACUUUCAAGCAGGGCGCUAUGGGAGGAGCUUCUCCGAAACCUACAACGUUUGGUGGAAACUUGGAGCUGAACGUGGAUGUCGUCCAAAGAAGGAGUUUUGGGAGCCCUGUCAAGGUCUCGAGCUCAACUGAUUUGUCAAGGUGGGCUCCGGGAGUGAUGUCUAUGGUGUCUUCAGCGCUGAUUCAACAGGUAUGUCAGUCUGGCAUGAAACUGAAGUCCUUGACAUGGGAGGAACAUUUGGAGUUCAGACACGCUCCUUACCGACGUGACUGCAGAGUAUGUCAGGAGAGCUCUCAACAGUGUGCCCCGCAUCGUCGAGUUCGAGAUCCACUGGCAGGUGCGCUGUCAAUAGACACUGCUGGUCCACUGAAGCCAGCCUAUGACUCCGGUGGAGCUAUGGCACGGUAUUUCCUUGUGGGUGCUUUGACAUGGAGGGUGCCUAGAGGGACAGACAAGCUGAAGGAUCCACCAGAAGAGGAUCUCCCAGAUGACGCUCCAACGAUUGAAGCAGAAGGAGAAGAUGGUGAAAUUCAUGAUGAGGUUCAGGAUGAAGUUCCACCGGAUGAGGACGGGUCGGGGAGAGGAGCCCUGGUCCAGCUCUCCGGUGAAGCGCCGGGUGAUGAGAGGAGCCACCCUGGCGGGGUCCCUGAUGAGGACGGGUCGGGGGGUGAACCCCUGGUCCAGCUCUCAGGUGAAGGAGCAGAGCCAGCUGAGCCGCUCCAGACCCAUGGCCCUCCGACAUUGGAGGAAGCCACUGAAUUGCGAGUCUUUCGCAUGGCCUUGCCGAUGAAAUCAAAGAAGGCAAGAGAAGUUGUGGCCACGGUGAUGGAGUUUGUCUUGCGUUUGAGGUCAGAGGGGUAUCACGUUGGGAGGAUCCACUCAGACCAGGGCCACGAGUUUGCGGGUGAGUUCAGGAGGUGGGCAUUGCAGCGUGGAAUCUACCUGACGAGAACGGCAGGUGAUGAUCCUCGUGGAAAUGGAAGAGCGGAGGUUGCUGUGAAGGCCUUCAAGAAUUACAUUAGACGGACGCUGAGACAGGCGUCGGUGGAUGCGAAAUGGUGGCCCUGGGCACUACGAUACUCCAAUGAGGUUCAAAGGUGCAUUCGAAUGGGAACGAAGCCGGAUUGGCCUAGAUUCCUUCAAGAAGUGAGGGUGAGGAAAAGAACAUGGAAGAAGGACGAUUUGUCGUCACGUGUGGAGACAGUGCAGCUGACGAGGUACAUCCUGGCGCCAACGACAGAGCCUGAGGAUGAUACGGUCUGGGUUGCAGUUGAACGUGAGGGCCGAGAUGCUCAGGAGCAGAGGAGGAGGAUCAGAGGUAAGUCCACCUUGAGAAAGAUGGAUGCUUCCUUGAUGAGUUCCGAAGAAGUUGAAGAAGAGGAAAAGAAGAUUGAAGUUCGAAGGGUGAUGAAGUUGGUUGAGGAGGAAAUGCAGACUCUCACCAACGAGGACCCUGAGAUUGCAGCAGAUGAGGUCCGAAUUUUGGGACGCUUGAGAAAGAUGGUGGAGGAACAGGGGGAGAAUGAAGAGAUUUUGCAGACCAAGAUCAUCUCUCCCAAGGUGGAAUCUUUGACGGUGGAGAAGUCAGCUCUGAAGCCUUUGACAAAGGCAGAAGUUGAGGAGUUGAAGCUUCAAGCGCAGAAAGAGGGAAAGAAGUUGGAAAUCUUGCCCUCCAAGAUGGUGUUUACGAUCAAGCCAGGUGGGAAGUUGAAGAGCAGGUGGGUUGUCUGCGGGAACUAUGAAGAGAAAAAGGAGGGGGAAGAGACCUACUCCACAGGCGCAGACGCGACCACUUUGCGUCUUUUGGUUUGGACGUCAACAAAGAUGGGUUGGUGUGGAUGCGUGCUUGAUGUGCGCACAGCGUUUUUGAAUGCUGAAAUGGAGCAGUCGCCUGAGGAGGAUUUGCUGCUGGUUCAGGCUCCACAUGUUUUGAGAGAGGCCAAGUUUUUCAAAGGAGAGGCACUUUUUCUGCCGUUGAGGGCGGUUUACGGGUUCCGAAGAUCUCCAAGAUUGUGGGGACUACACCGUGACCGAACCAUGAGAGACAUGAAGAUUUCGGUUGUGUUGGAUGGCAGAAAAGAGAUGCUGGUCUUGAAACAGAUGGAGUCGGAGCAGAAUCUUUGGAAGGUGGUUGUUUCGAGAAAGGGCUUUCAAGAAGAUUUGGAGGAUGAGUUUGUCUCCAAUGGCCGGGUGGUUGGACUGGUCAUGACGUAUGUGGAUGACAUCCUGAUCACCGGCAGGAGGGAGGUCAUGGAGUCAGUGACACAGCAGCUCCAACAGACCUGGAGCACCUCAGUUCCAGAAGAGAUCGGAGAAAAGCCAGUCAGAUUCCUGGGCAUUGAGAUCACCCGUUGUUUGGCAGAGGGGGAGGAGAGAAUGCAUUGGAGUCUGAAUCAACAGGCUUCCAUCAGAGAUCUUCUUGGAAGGUAUGAGGAUGGAGAGAAGGUGAGAAAGAUUCCCAUCACAAGGGAUCAAGCUGCCAUGAGUCAGGACGUGACCACACCGACACCAGAAGGGGUCAAGUCAUGUCAGAAGGUCAUUGGAGAGCUGCUCUGGUUAGUCACUCGUACACGACCAGACCUGAUGUUUGGAGUUUCAAGAAUGGGCGCGAGUGUUCUCAAGUCCACUCAUGCCAUACAAGAGACAGCCAAGCAGAUGAGGCUGUAUUUGAAGGCCACUUUGGAAGAGAGAUUGAGGUUUGAGGAAAGACCGGAAGACCCAAUCAACCUGUACGUCUACUCAGACUCAAGCUUUGCCCCGGAGUCAGAUGAGUCGCAUGGGUCUGUCAUUGUUUUGGCCAAUGGAAGUUCAAUGUUUUGGAGAAGUGGCCGCCAAUCUGCGGUGACCUUGAGCACGGCAGAGUCGGAGCUCACGGAACUGGUGGAGGCGAUGGUGGCGGGCGAGUCAGUCUAUGCCAUCAUCUCGAGUUGUUUGCCGAGGCAGGCAGUCUUGAGGGGUGAUUGGCAGGUUGGUCACGUGCCUGGAGAGCGCAUGGUAGCAGACAUCGGAACCAAAGCUCUGGCAUCGACGCGACUGGAGCUUCUCAAAGAAAUGCUCGGCAUGAAAAAGACUGGGCAUGUGGAAGUUGAGGAUGCAGGAAAGAAUGAAGAGAAGGGGAAGAAGAUCCCUUCACAGCCACAGGGACCAGAAGUUGCCACUUUGGCUUUGCGGCUGAUCACUUUAGCAGCCACUUUGCAGAUGUCAAAAGCCAUGGAUGAUGAAGAGGAAGAAUCUUCAGCCGAAUUCAAUCAGCUGAUGAUGAUCUACACCAUUUUGGUUGUGAUGGCCACCUUGGGUCUUCAAGCUUUGUGGAAGGUAGGAGUAAGCUCAGCCUGCAGUAGCUUGAGGAAUUGGUUGCUUGGCGGCGAGGGCCGAAGUCUCCCUGCGGAGCCUGAAGAACCUGAGGUCAGAAGGCCAAACAUUGAGGAGUUGACGACAUCAAUGGGCCGCGCUGAGGACGGGUCGGGGAGAGGAGCCCUGGUCCAGCUCGCGCAGGCCGGCUGGAGGCACGCUGUAGGUUCCUACACUGUAGAUGCUACAGCUGUGCCCGGCCUUGGUGGAGACCCACCACUGAGCCGCGCUGAGGACGGGUCGGGACAGAGGGUCCUGGUCCAGCUCGCGCAGGCUAGCCCAGGGCUUGCUGUAGAGGAGACAGCUUUGCCCGGGCCAACACAAAAUGUGAGGAGCGACGCCUCACUUGGCCAAGCUGGCCCAAGCACAGAGCCGUCGUCAAGCUCUGGAAGUGGAGAGACAUCAGAUAGCAUGGCUGAAAGAAUCGAAGCCACCAUCAGAACGAUUGCAGAGGAAGAGGUUGAGCUGUGGAGAGAGUACGGAAGCACUGCAGCUGUUUUUUUUUUCCAGCUCAAAUUCGAAGACUUUCGAGUCGCCGACGAAAAGAAGGAGAAGGUGCGAUCUUUGGAGGACGAGGUGAUGAACUUCAUGGCUGUGGGCUAUCCCACCUUUCCCAUGGAACCCCCGUGGUUGCUGGUGAUUUGGAACAAUUGCGUCUUCUCCUGCAUCAUCUUCGGCAUGGUGGGUGUCUGGCUGGCCAUGAACGGGUCCAUUGCGGCCACCAGUGCCUCCACGAAGAUCUUGACCCAGGCCGUGCGCCCACCGGUGGCGUCCUUGCUGGAGAUCUCCGAAGCGAUGCGAGCACAAGAGGAUUAUGAGAAGCAACCCAGCAACUUUGCGCAGGUGCCGAGCUUCAUGGAGGAUUCUCAGCUGCCGCGCAGCGACUUUGUGAGCCAAAACGUCAGCAGCCUGCGCCGCGCCGCCUCUGUGCCGGUGAUUCGCCGCAACAGGAGCCACCUUGGCACCCCGCCGGAGCUGGAAAACCUGCAAUGGCUGGAUGAAUCGGCUCAUGCCAGUGAGGACGUGUUGAAGCGGCUCAAUACCCAGGAUGACGGAGGUCCUGGCCGCGCGGCAGCGCUCUAUUCGCAUUUCUGGAUGCUGCGACGGGUGCAGCGGGGCUACGCCUGCUUUGAUGCCUACGCGCGGAUUAGUUUGGCGGUGAGUGCGCAGCAGAUGGUGUUGGUGGAGUCCUACUUUGCCCUGGGGCACUUCAUGUCCAAGUCUCAAGGCUGGCCGUCGCCGGUACAAAACACCGAAGGGGCUUGGCUGGCGCUUCUGAUGGGGGUCUACGCCGUGUGGAUCCUGUUCAAGCUGGACUUGUACAUGAAAAGAAGUCAGAGGCUUUUGGUGCAGGCCGGACUUUGGCUGGCGCCGAUGCUCGCGGGCUUAGCGACGCAACUCUUCAACAUGCGCACGAUGUACGGUGAAGGAGGCGUUCGAGCCUGUGAUCAGCUGGUGCCCGUGUGGCUACCGUGGAUUGUGGCGUUGUUGGCCUGCGCCAGUCAUAUGCUUUGGAUCGUGAUCAUCCUCUUCGUGUCCCGUCCGGUGCUGGCGAAUCUGGAGCUGCCAGUCUCCUUCCGAGCUGCCAUCUAUCUGGACAUCUUCGGAUGGCACAGUCGUCACUUCAAGGCCUCUGUGGUGGAGAACCCUUCGGGCCCCGUAGCGCAUUGGGACGUGGAACCCGGCGCAGCGGGACCCGCAGCGCUGUCGCCCAAGGGCGACGACCAACGGAGGGCCUUCGCGACCUUUACGGAGGCCAAACGUCUAUCGCGGGCUCUCACGAAGCUAAGUCGCCCUGAGGCGGCCAAGCACUUCGCGCCCGAGGACAAGGUGAGUGUCGAUCACAUGAAGACAGUGUUGGACGAAGAGUUGAAGGACCUACAGACUCAGCUGUCCAUGCCAUGGAGCCGACAGACCUCUGAGGGAUGGAGCAGGCAGACUUCGCCCUUGGGCAGCAGCUGGCUGCAGAGCGCCUGCGACGACGGCAGCGGUGCGCUGGUGCCCUACUGGGUGGACUGCCGUUCUGGACAGGUGAUUUGGUCCCGGCCGGAUGGCACUAUCUUGGACUUGGUCCGCAUUACCGAGUCUGUUCAGGAGCUGCUGGAUCGCAUCAACAGCAACGAAGACAUGACGGGUCCCAUGGUGAACGCUGAGGCCCUUCCCUUCGAACUGAUGCCGGAGACACCUGACAGCGACGUUAGCAGCAGCAUUUUGCCCUGGAGAAGUUUGCAGCGUGUUUGCUUCGCCCAGCUGGUGGUCUGGCUGGGCUCCAUCCUGGUGCUGCUGUGGGAUCCGUUCUACUUCAACACACCGCUGGCGCCUAGGGAGAAGUACAAUCCCUGGGUGCUUCGAAGGCUGAACGUGCAAUGGCCGCAUCAACAUUUCAGGCCCAGCGCCAUGACCUGCGGCACGGACGACGCCACGGUCUAUGUGGGGGAUCAGUUCGCCAUUUGGAGUGCGGACCUCUACUGGGACGACGAGGCCACCGAGAUCUACGAGCAGGACGUGCACUCGCUGCGCGGCCGCCGGCACCUGAAACGCCACGAGCACCUGGCGGACGUGGAGCAGCGUCCCUUAAAGCUCCAGAACGUGACGCUUCAUCCUGUGAUCCCUGCCAUUGAUUUGGAGGCCUCCUGGACCAGCUUUGGCAUUUUGCGACGCAAGGGCAAGGUGUUGAUGCUGCACCAAGACACUCGGAACCUCACUGAGCAAUCCAUCUACCCCUGGAUUCCGGGCAAGAAGUCCUGGCGCCUGGGGAAUUCGCUGCCGCAUCAUCGACUCAUGGCACUGCAGGUCAUGGAGGGCAACGAUGCGGUGGUCUGCAGCGACCGCCCCGGCUUCGUGGACAUGGGAUGGGCCGUCCUGGGCGGCACCGAUUCCGGGCAAGUCAUUGUGCUCUGUCCCACCUUGGAGGAUGAGCUGCGACCGGUCCAGAUGUUGAUUUCACUCCGGCGUCGUAUGGUGGCGGAGAGUGUAGUCUCCAUUGUGGACUCGCACACAGGGUCCAUGAGCCCUAGACGCGAGACCAUCAUCGGAGUCGACAUUGAUCCGGCCAUGGAGAUCGUGUGGAUUCUGUCGCAAGCCAACGAUGGCAGCAGCAGCAUGCGCCUCAUCGAUCAACGCACGCAGAAGGUGGUGGACACCUGGUCGUUGCCCAGUGGACGCUGGUGGGCACCAGGUUUCUGCAACUUGGGGUUCACUCAGGGCUUUGUUCUCGCUGCCGCCGCCGAGACCUACCGCAGCGACCAGGGUCCGGAGCUGUGGCGCUUCAUGCCGGCGGCGAUGGAACGGUUCCGCCAGUGGGCGAGGGAGACGGGACGAUCACCUUGGGUCCACGAAAGCAUGGUCUUCGUUCCAUACUGA